GCUGUUCGUAGCCAACUUUGGCUGUAUGCUGUGUGUCUGGCAAUUCGUUAACAGUAAUAUGAUGAACGAAGCUCUCUUUCUCCUAAGUUUGUCGUUAGCCUGUAUAGGCUUAUAUGGCAUUAUCCGAAGAGUUGAAAGAUGGUUUAGGUCAGGUUAUAUUAAGAACUUUAAAAACAAGCACGUUCUUAUAACAGGCUGCGACAGUGGUUUUGGCUACAUGCUAGCCAAGAGGUUAGAUAAAUUAGGUAUGCCUGUUACUGCUACUUGCCUUACAGAAGAAGGAUGCGAAAGACUUGAAUCUGAAUGUUCGGCGAGACUAAAAGCUAUCAGUCUCGACGUUACGAAUGAAGAAGAUGUCAACGAUUUAAAGGAAUGCCUAGAAUACGAACUACGAGAAAAGGGCCUCUACGCACUUGUUAAUAACGCAGGAGUAAGUCAGCCAAGAGUAGUGGCAGAGGUUUAUUGGUCAAAGAGAGGAGAUAUUAGAGAGGUAAUGGACGUGAAUUCAACAGCAAUGGCAAAUAUAACUUCCAAGUUUUUGCCAUUACUAUCAAGGGCAAACGGACGAGUAAUUAACAUGACAUCAGCGAGUAUGAGAUUACCAAAUCCUAUUGGUGUUACAAUAGCUUAUGUUGUAAGUAAAGCUGCCGCAUCAGCAUUCUCUGAUGCUUUCAGAAUCUUAAUGAAGCUUGACAAAAGGAACGUUUCUUUGCACAUAAUCGAGCCAGGGAUGUAUAAAACUAGUGUUAUGGAUAUUGAAAGAAUAACUAAAGCUUACGAAAGAGGAAUAGAAAGGAUUCCAGAUUCAUUUAAACUUAAGAAGACAUUCGAAAAACAUUCUGCUAACAUAAUUCGUAGCCUUCGGGAAAAGUUUAAUAAUUCAGCCUCUUCUAAUCUGGACGAAGUCAUUGACUACUACGAGCACGCAAUCCUAUCAAAAUAUCCGAAGAAAAGGUAUAAUAAACUGGGAGAGCCUUCAGUUGUAUUAUCCUACUUUCCAUCAAUAAUUACUGAUAAUAUCCUAUCUAAACCUGCUUUAUAUUGAAUUUUAAAAAAUAUAGAAUAAUUUCGUUGUUAUUAAUAACAAUAUACAAAAGAAC